CGCACAGGGCGGAGGAGGGAAGGAGGGGGGUGAGACACAGGCGGCGGUGGCGGCGGCACUAGGCAGAGACAUAAACACAACAUGGCGGAAGGGGCUGCUGCCGCCGCACAAGCCAAGGAGAGGCGGAGGGAGCAGCUGCGGCAGUGGGCUCUGUCCUGCACCAACCAGGAGGCCGCGGAGCCCCGCUGGCAGCGGCGGAGGAGGAGGCGGCGGCCGGGGAGCGGGAAGCCGGAGGGAGAUGACGGGGAGGAGAGGGGCUCGCAGGGGGACGGAGAUGGCGAGCGCACCGUCCGCUUUGAGAGAGCCGCGGAGUUCCUGGCGGCCUGCGCCGGGGGGGACCUGCUGGAGGCCGAGGACAUGCUGAGGGGGGAGGCGGGCAACGAGGUCAUUGACAGCACCAACACGGACGGCAUCAGCGCCCUGCACCAGGCCUGCAUUGAUGAAAAUUUAGAGGUGGUAGAAUUCCUUGUAAAUCAUGGAGCCAAUGUGAACCAAGCAGACAAUGAAGGGUGGACGCCUCUACACGUUGCAGCCUCAUGUGGCUAUAUGGAGAUAGCAGAGUAUCUCCUGAAACAUUCGGCAAACAUAGCUGCUGUCAAUAGUGAUGGGGAUGUACCACUUGACAUUGCAGAAGAUGACUGCAUGGAGACUUUGCUCCGUGCUGAAAUUUCAAAGAGAGGUAUUGACAUUGAAGCUGCCAAAAGGGAAGAGGAGCAAGUAAUGCUGCAAGAUGCACGUCAGUGGUUGAAUGCAAGUAAAAUUGAAGACAUUAGGCAUGCGAAGACUGGUGCAAGUGCACUACAUGUUGCUGCCGCUAAAGGCUACAUUGAAGUCAUGAGGCUCUUGCUCCAGGCUGGCUUUGAUCCAAAUGUCCGUGAUAAAGAUGGAUGGACUCCCCUUCAUGCUGCAGCUCACUGGGGUGUGGAAGAGGCGUGCAGAUUGCUUGUGGAACAUUUCUGUGACAUGAAUGCAACCAAUCAUGUGGGUCAGAGGGCUUAUGAUGUUGCUGAUGAAGAUGUAGUUAGUCUUCUAGAAGAGCUUCAGAAAAAGCAGGAAGAUUUACGAAGUGAAAAAGAGGCAAAUUUAAAGCGAGCGGUGAUCGACACUGGAUUGGAACAGCAGCCAUUGUACACCAAUAAACACAGAAGAAGUUCCGUGUGUCGAAUGAGCAGCAAAGAAAAAAUUUCCGUGCAAGAUCAGUCAAAGGAGAGGACAACAUUAGGGACCAUAACAGUUGGUGAAGAAGACAGUACAUCUAGUUCAGAAGAAGAAACUGAAACCACAAAUGAUGUUAAGAACACUGUAGUAGUAAAUGAAAAUGGACUGUUACCUCAACCACAAAACAGCACUGGGAGCACAUCUCCAUCGGAUGAAAAGGCAAAGUUCACUGAGGCACCAAGCGGCAUCACAGAUAAAGGUGAGCAAUCCCUGUACAACUUGAGAGCAGGCUUACGGAAAACGGGCAGUUUCGGAGUCCUGCAAGACGCCAAGCUAGAGGACAGUAACACCAAAGAGCACGGAAUCAAGCGUUCUGCUUCCAGUCCUCGACUCGACACCCAAGAGAGGACUAAGGAGCCCCUCUUGGCAAGGGUUCAGCCAACUCCAUCCAGAAGAUUUUUCACCCUUCCCGAAACUGCCCCUGUGCCAGAACCCAAGAGAGAAGGCAUAGAAGGUGGACUACAGAUGAGACUUGACAUGGUUCCCACCACACAAUUGCACACAAACACCUUCUCCAGCAUGACUGCCACUUCCUCCACCUCGUCCUCCAGUACGAGCGGCAGCACUGACCCCAAAGACAAACGAAGGUCAUAUCAGACACGAGCUCGUGAUGAAGAAUCAGAGGCUCAACGAAAAGCUCGUUCACGGGAAUUGAGGCGGUCGAGACGAUCCACACAGGGCGUCACACUUACUGACCUCAAAGAAGCAGAAAAAACACUGGGAAAACAAAGUGAUGCUACUACAUCAUCUGAACCGAAAAGUAAAGAGGAAGAUGGAAUCGAGAGGCUAUAUAAGGAUCAACCAACUGAAAAUCUGGAACUGUCCAGAAGAAUCCGUGUACCAAGCACUGAAAAUACUGUGAAUUGUCAGACAAAAACAGAGUUUGAAGCUGUGAGCAGAGAGGAAAAUGAAACCGAAAACCAAAACCAUUUAACAACAAGAGAUAGAAGAAGAUGGCGAAAAGAUCAACGGGCAUUAAAUACGGAGAGUAAUUCUCAUGAGGGCACAGAAAAUGAAGAUGCAGAAUCGAUAAACCACAGCGACACAUCAGGGGUAACAGAAAGCUUGAACAGUAUUUUACCAUACAGAGCUGGGACAUACACAUUUCAGAGAAACAUUAGUAAUUCAGGGUCCAGGAAUGAAUCUGAAAAGGAUUAUAAAAAGUUGUUUGAAGAUUUAGCAACAGAGAAUGAAACGCUGAGAGACCAACUUCAAGAGAUGGAGAUAAAACUCACUCAGAUAAAGCUAGAACUAGAACGAGUCACGCAGAGGCAGGAACGCCAUGCCGAGAGACCAGCUCUGCUAGAAUUGGAGAGAUUUGAACGAAGAUCACUAGAACGACAAGUGUCUGAGUUAGAAGAAGAGUUGAAGGUUCUUUCAGAUUUGAAAGCAGACAAUCAGAGACUGAAGGAUGAAAAUGCAGCCUUGAUACGAGUCAUCAGCAAACUGUCAAAGUGAAAGUAUAAAAUCUGUGAAACUUGUAGAUUUCAGUCUGCCAAUGGCAAAACAUAACUUCUGAAUCUUGGCCUGAGCGCCCAAAAAGAUUUCCAGCUCUCCGAAAAAGCCAAAAUGCGGACUUCACAAUUUUGUAAGCAAAAGAGGGACUUAUGUUGGGAACGGAAAGCAAUGCCUCCUGAUAGUGCUUUGCACUCACUGGAGCCAGUUUGGAGUGCCAGCAUCCCAAUCCAUGAACAUUAUGGAAGUGUCUGAUGUGUUAGUUUUUCACAUAGUUGUAUUCACGUUUUUAUUUUAUUUGUAUAUCUAUAAAUAUAUCCCAGUAUGUGUAUUCACAUGUCUCCAGUCAGUGCCAUUGGCAUUGUGGGUGUUUUUUUCUUAUUUUUUAAUUCCUACCUGAGGACAGUUUUUACACCCUUAUACAUGUCACUAAAGAUAUUAUUUUACUCCAUUUCCUAUUAAAUUACUCCCAUUUUUUCUUUUUACCAUUGUUUUAACCAGUGUGGUUUGCUGGCCUCUUCAAAGUGUGCCCACGCGUUUUACACAAUUCCAGCAUUGCAUCUUUUUCAAAAACCAGUGUACCCUUCAAGCAAUAUUAAUUGGGCAAAUGUAUUAUUGCUUAGAAUAACAAGCUCCAGAUUUUCAGUGUAGGCAUGCAUGCCACACACAGGUUAGAAUUGAAAUGUGCAGAUUUUAUAUAUUAAUUUCAGGAAAGCCAGUACGAACUGUGAACACAUUGAGGUAUUAGAACAAAUAUUAAUGUAUAUUCGAAUGUAGAGCUUUGCCACACAGCCGGUGCAACCAAACCGCAGUUUUCCUUUGCCCACAAUUCCUAUUGUCUUUAGCCAGCAUAUGGAUCUUUAGAGUUGUAGUCUAAAGGAUGGGCACCUUGAAUAUCAUCAUCCUCUUUCCUUUCUUCAUACUACUGUUUACAUAUAAAAUAAUGUAGAUAAAUUACUCUUUUGCAUUAUCCAGAUACCCAACGCAUGUACUGGACUUUUUACAGUCCUAUACAUGCGCUCUUUAUUCAGGGAGUUCAAAUCACUUUUAGGCCAGCCUAGACAAAGUUAAGUUGACACGCUAUCAGAAUUUCCAUGUUAACAACAUUAUGCGACGUUGGACGAACAUAAAACCUUAAAAUAAUAUCACCAAUCUCACGUUAAAACAUAAGAUUUAACUAAAAUUUAAAUGGUAAUCUGUCCUUCAUCAGAACAUAACUAUUUUAAUAUGGUUUAUAUUUUAACAUGGAACAAGCAGCAGUUGGGUUCAUAGUUCUAUUUUGAAAUGUGCUGUAUUUCAAUUUGCAAAACUCCUGUUGUCUGUCUAGAUCUGUUGAUCAGAUCUUCUAAUGUUGUUAAAUGUGCCUAAACGACUUGGUAUUGACCCAAUAAAAGCACCUUGCUAAGUUAUAAUGGUAUAUUACACAACACCUGGAUCAUUUUAACUGGACAGCGAAACUACGCUUCCCGCCAUUGCUUAAUGGAGAAAUCGUGUCAUGUUUGAUUUACUGUUAAGCUGUGUUUUAAAUGCAGAUGCCCUCUAUUUUUUAUAGUGGCCAAGUUAUGAGCAGUUUGAAGACUUACUGCCAUCUUACCAUUUGAAUUUCUCAUAGCAGCUCCCUCCUUUUGCAUGAAUGAUAAUAGCUGCACAAGUCAUAAAAUAGUAAGAUAUUGUCCAUCCAUCUCUCUAAUCUAUUUAAUAAGGGCUGCUACAGGGGGCUGGAUAUCUCCAGGGAGCUGCCU